AUGAUAAAGAAUAUUAUCGCUUUCUUUCUUUUCACGGUGGCUUUAGUGGGGGCUGAGGUUCCAAGGGUCGCGUUACCACCACCAGGACCUUCUAGAUAUUACAUUCAUGUGGUUAACGGGCUAAGCAAACUUGGGUUGCUUGUGCAUUGUCAAUCUAAAGACGAUGACUUGGGGUAUCAUCGUUUGCUUAAUCAUGGAGAUGAUUACCAAUGGAACUUCAAGGUUAACUUUUGGGGAACAACCCUCUAUUGGUGCAAAUUGGAGACGCCACAUGCAUAUGUCUCUUUUGAAAGCUUUUGGCCUGAAACGCAGCACUUAUGGCUCCGUGAUAGGUGCAAACAUGGAACU